AAAGAGAGGUCUGAUCCCUGAGUGAGAGACACUCUGCAACCAACCACAGGAGUCACAUGAUGAAUCCUCUGCGAGCUCUGUUCUUUGUGGCUUUGAGCCUUUCUGUUGCUCAGUCCUUGGAUUACAAAGCACUGAAUCAGUUUAGACGAAUGAUCCUGUGUCUGAUGCCUGAUGUCUGGCCUGGACUUGACUAUGCUGACUAUGGCUGCUAUUGUGGACUGGGAGGUUCUGGAACGCCUGUAGAUGAUCUGGAUAGGUGCUGCCAAGUGCAUGACCAGUGUUACAGUGAUGCAAUGCAGCACCCAGAUUGCUGGCCCAUCAUUGAUAACCCUUACACUGAGUUCUAUGACUACAGCUGUGAUGAACAAAACAAGAAGGUGACCUGUGGUGACCAAAACACUGAAUGUGAAAUGUUCAUCUGUGAGUGCGACAGGAAGGCCGCGGAGUGUUUCGCUGUAUCACCUUGGAACCCCGACCAUGAGCAUUUGCCUAGUGACAGGUGCGAGUAAGACCAGCAAAUGUACAGAAGUCUACAGCUUUAUCCUCAGUUUGAAACACGCAUCUUUUACAAUUCAAAGGCAAUAACUUUUAGGGAAUUUCACCAAUGGCCUUAGUCCUUCCGAAAAUCAUCUCAUAAAUCUUAUAGGUAAACAUCAUGCAAUGCGUUAGGAAAUGAUCCACACUGUGACAUGCAUAUUUUCCUUCUGCUGUUCAAUCUCUCUUUCUAAAUCUGUAAUCAUGACACUUUGCCACAAUGAAUGAAAAUAGUUCUGUAUGUCAUUUUACCUCUGGCCAUUUUGCUUUUGUCCGUAAAGAACUUUGAAUAAAUCCUGUGUAUCCUAGCUGAAUAUAUAAAUGUACUUCAUGUACUUGUACUUGCUGAUCAGUCAAAUAAUAAAAUAUGGUAAUAGUACCGCAAUCUGUGGAUGUCCAGACUGCCUAUUUUCUUUUUGUCUGAUAAAACUUAACAGAGGUUUGACUCAUAUCACAGUUAAAUGUAUGAGGG